AUGUCGACGUCGCCUUUCCGGCCAAGUAGCCCUCUGCUACUUCAGGCGACGCAGCCGCAGCUGAUGGGGAUGCCUGUCAUUGUGGGCUGUGGGCUUAUUGGAGCUGGUUUGAUUGCUAUGAUGAUGCGGCCGACCAGUUCGGCUGGUGGCAAGUGGGUCAAGGGUGGAUUCCAGGCCAAGAUGGACCGCAAGGAGGCUAUUCAGAUCCUAGGCUUGCGAGAGGCCAGUGUCUCGCGCAACCGUAUUAAGGAUGCGCAUCGUCGCAUGAUGAUUGCGAACCACCCAGACCGUGGUGGAUCGCCAUACCUCGCAAGCAAAAUCAACGAGGCCAAAGAUCUACUUGAACGCACAACGUCUCGCUAA